AUGAGAUUCUCGUGGGUGUUCGCAGCCACGGUGCUGCUGUUCCUGGCUACGGGCGUAAGGUGCAAGAGGAAAUUCGACGGGGACUUUGAAUUCGCCGAGGAGGAUGAUACCCGCAUAAUGAAAAUGGGCGACAAGAAACGUUGGAUACACGAUCCGAAUAGUGAGCUUUGUCGUCCACUCAACUGCAAGAAGAAGGAACUCUGCCUCUUGGAGGAUACGUUCACGGCUGUCUGCGUCUCGAAGAAAGAGCUCCACAAAUCGGGGGAUAUAGUGAUUCCAAAGUCUCGUGUGAUUCAACAGCGACGGAUGAGAACCGAAACCUCGGUCGAUUCCGACGACGACGACGCCUUCUUUGAUUCCGAGGACGACGAUGAGGACCAGGAUGAGUCAAAGUGCCAGGAAUGUCCUGUGGUGAAGCCUACGUUCCUCUGCGGAAACGACAAUCGCACGUACAGCUCGCCGUGUCGUCUCGAGUACCACAACUGCAUUCACCACACUUCCGUCCACAUCACCUGCAAAGGUUUUUGUCCGUGCAAAGUUGCCGAUCUGCGAACGUACUCAAAGAAGAUGCAGAUGCAGAGGAAGAAGAUAAUGGGUAAGAUGGGCCGGAACCACGACAUCACUCUCACGCCCCGCGACUUCAAUUACGACAAUCAUCACUACCAGUACCUCAAGUACACGAAACGCGGCAAGAAUCUCGCUGUCGCGAACAGAUAUGACGACAAACAUUUGAUGAGCAACGAAGUCAUGGACAAAACCCAGUCACCGUUGAAAGCGAUGUACAAUGUGCAAUCACCGUCCAGAAAUACCGAUUGCCCGUCGUCGUCCAAGCCCGCGAUGGCUAAUCGCCUUUUGGACUGGUUCUCCGUCGUGAUGGCAGACUUCAAGCAUCGUCGUCAGCAUCCUAAGCCUAAAGGUCACUUCCCUAUCGGUUGUCAGAGCGAGGUCAGGUGGAUGUUCGGGCAUUUGGACAGUGACAGCGACGGCCGACUCUCGCUCUCCGAGCUGUACGGUCUGGAACACGACCAGAAUGAACCGUGUUUGAAACCCUUCCUGGAUGGUUGCGAUACCGAUAGUGAUAUUUUCGUAAGCGGACCUGAGUGGUGCGGAUGCUUCUCCAAGGCUGAACGUCCAUGUGCCGCUGUGCGCAGACGAUCAUCACCGGAUUCCGCACCUGCAUGUGAUUCGCGAGGAUAUUACCGCAGUACCCAGUGCCAUCGUGGCCUUGGCCUUUGCUGGUGUGUCGAUCCGCACGGUGUUGAGUUCGCUGGUACCAGAACGCGUGGCGCAAAGCCUGAUUGCGACACGAUCGUGAUCAAGAUCACUAGCGGUGGGCUCAAGACCAACAACGUGGACCUCGACGACGACGAGGACGGUGGCACCGAUUCCGCUCAGGACCUCGAAGGCUCGGCAGAUCAACCUCUAGAUUUCUAGAUAGAUUAGAGUUGGCGGCCAGCAACGGGAGCGCAUCAUCUUCACCGAUAAGAGCGAUGCCGACUGCGCGGGAAGCAUUUUCUUUUGCGAGAAAGGAUGGCGCGCGUCCGGUCGCCCACCGACUGCAGGGAACACCGUCACGGUGUCCCAUGUUGUCAUCGGGCCGCUUGUCGAUCCGGUCGAGGUCGCGAUCCACACGAUACGAAUAAACGAAACGUGAGCCUAAAUGAGUUCCGAGAGCAACGAAAAGCACGACGAUCAUUAGUUAUGGGGAAGUCGGGCCCCCGUGGCGAGCCGCGCCGAACCGACGGAGAUCGUUGUUAAAUCGUCGUAACGACUUUUAGACGCGUCCUUCGUCCCAAUUAGGAAACUCCAGUCAACGUUAAAGUAGCGAGUGUCUUGGCUGUCGUGCAAUAAUCGCGUAUGUCCAGCUAGCGGCGUUUGCGGUCGAGACUACGCCGUAGAAUCCCGUGCAAUCGUAAUUCCGUGCAAUAUGCAAUAGAGUCCGUUGUAUAGAGAAUACGCAAAUUAUGACCGAAGUGUGUGCACGUGUGUGCGAGGGUUGCUGGCGACGGAGCGAGAGAACGAGGGGAAGAGAAAGAGAGUCGGAAACUUCCGCUGCGAACCGCGUUGAAUACCGACCGUUUGGAUUAUCUCCGUGCCUGUCGAGGUACCUCCACGCACAACUAAAUCUAUAAAUAAUAUAAUUAUGGAUCAUUUAUGCAUAUACAGAAUAGCGAUGGCUUUGGCAGAACGGAAUAAUUUCGCCGGCAGAAUCGGCCAGAAUUUCACGUACGCGUCAUGACAUAAAUUACAUUUAACGAGAAAAUAACGAACAAACGCCCUGCGUGUGAUUUCUAAUCGCUAGAUUACAACAAUAUCGAUUGUAAACGUCGAAACAAUAAUAAUAAUAAUAAUAACGCUAAUUACAAUGUUGUGUAGUAAUAACGCAGCAGCUGUACGCGAGCAAACAAAUCGGUUGAGAGGGAAAACGGACGGGAGUGUUGUUGACGGACGAAAGAGGCGAGCGGAAGCGAAGUCAUUCUGCUACUGUCGCGCUUGUACACGCUAGAACUUAGUUGAUCCACCCGAAGCAGAUAGGUUUUCGUAGCUCUUGUCACUCUUCACCUUCGGCUGUGUUUCGCCGAAUGCGGAAUACGAGAAUCCCGCCGUCAUUCCGCUUAUUUAUUACAUUCCCUUCAGGCAGGCCCAGAGCGCUCUUUAAGUUAUUCUCCUUUCUCCCGUAGCCGCCUCGCGCUAUAAGGUUAAUGUAAGAUACGCGGAAUAAACGAUCUACUUCGUACUCGCUAACGACCUAUCUCAUACCUACAUCGCAGUUCAAUCACGACCAUCGGACGUCGGAAUCGGUUGUUGAGAAUGCGCGAGAUCGCUUAUAGAAGUAACGCGAAAAAAAAGCAGCACGUUAUCUCUUACCACAUUGCGCGGUCCGAUUCGCAGAGAUAUGUAUGUACAUUACGAUUCUUUACGCCCGCAAUCGGAGCAACAUCCAUCACGCGACGCUGAGAGAUUGUUUUCUACGAAGCUAGAAAAUGUUUGACGUCGUGAUUCGUCUGCAUUUACUGUAAUUAUAAUAAGCAUUUUUACUUACAACUUUUACUUAAAAGAGUGUGCAUGGUACACCGUAGAUAUUAGAGUAACAUGUAAUCCGUAGAGAAAGAAAAAAAAAAGAUCAGUGUGUGACUAUGUGAAUAUGCCCCUAGCGUUUAGAAGGCAAUUUACGUAGGGAGAUAGUCGACGCAAAUUACACGUGUCUCAUUUAAAAUGAAAGUCACGAUUGAUUUUGCCAGCCUAACGCGUUUCACUUCGACAUGCAUUCCUUCGACGAGGUAUUCAGGGAAAACGGGAUGACUCGUUGUAUUGGUCAAAGGCGACGUAGUAUAUAUUAAAAAGUAUUUAAGUAAGACGUCACGCGCGUGUAUGCGAGAAUGCGCACCUUAUUCUUUCUCCCUUAGUACGCUUCUUAUUCCGUUGACGCACGACGCAACGGUUAACGGUUAUGAUUUUAUCAGCCGUCUAUUUUUAUAUAAAUGACAAUUUGCACCGUUAUAUUUCGUUAUUCAGAGAAUAACUUUGAUCAUUGUCAGUUCAUCCAUAAUGUCUUGCCUUAACAUGGACAUGGCGUGUUAUUCUUGCGCAUUAAAGUAUGUAGAUGACACUUAAAAAAAAUAUAUCUACAUAUUUAACUGAUAAACGACAUCGUCCGCAAUAUGAGCUAACGCAUUACUCCUUCCUGCAUCGAGCGCAAUUUGCAUUGCCUGACUUAACUGUACUGUCGAUUUAGACUAAUUAAUACAUGCGACUACUACAUGCGAAUAGUUUUACCGAGUCUUGCAUAUUGUAUAUACAUAAUUAUAUACAAUGAAAAUCAUCGUCAGUGAUCUUCGUACCGUGAUGAUUUUUGUAUGGUAUGCACUUGAUCAAAGCGUAAAGAAUUUUUACUUCAUUCAAGAGCUACCGUAAGUAUCUUACUCAAUUGGUAUUGUACAUGUGCUGUAAGAAUUCUUUAUGAAUAAAGAUUGUUGUA